CAAGAUGGUGGCGCCCAGUGGUACCAUGAGCGAUUCGGAGAGCAGCAGCAGCAGCAACAGUGAUGCCGAGGAGCUGGCGCGGUGCCGCGAGGCGGCGACGCCCGCCUGGGGGCUGGAGCAGCGCCCGCUGGAAGCAGAGAAACCCAGAGCCGGUGCUGCGGGGAAACAAGCACCAGCCUCCCAGCCAAGCCGCAGGCGUGAGGUGAACCAGCAUGACGAAGAUGGCAACGAGCUUCAGACUACUCCUGAGUUCCGAGCCCAUGUGGCCAAGAAGCUGGGCGCGCUGCUGGACAGCUCCAUCGCCAUCUCAGAAGUAUGGAAGAAACCACGAGAGGAGGAGGUACAGCAGGCGGCAGGCGAGGACGGCUUCCGCCUCUUCUUCACAUCCAUCCCCGGAGGCCACGAGAAGGAAGCUUCUCCGAGACCCCACAGGAAGCGCCAGCCCCCCAGCUCCAGCAGCAGUGAGGACAGUGGCGAGGAAUGGCAGCGCUGCCGGGAGGCGGCUGUGUCUGCGUCAGAUAUUCUCCAGGAGUCAGCCAUACACUGCCCUGUCAAGGUGGAGAAGGAGGCCAAGAAGAAGAAGAAGAAGAAGAAGAAGAAGAAGAAGAAGAAGAAGCUGAAAAAGAAAGCCCAGGAGGAAGCUGACAUUGACUUGGCUGGAGCCACAGGCCUAAAACAGGUAAAGGAAGCAGGCAGCAUCAACGGGGACCCGGUGACACUGGGGACCAAGAAGAAGAAAAGGAAGAAAAAGGCCAAGAAAGCCAGAGCGGCUUCCCCUAGCCCACCAGCAGAGUGUGCAGUGGCUGAGCCUGAGAACUGACCCCAGGCUGUAGGUACCAUGGCUACUAGCCCUGAGGAUGAAGCACCUGUGGGGUCAAGACAGAGCCAAGCCACACUCCCCCCAGGUUCCAGCAUUGACUCUGCCCACAAAUGACUUCAGCUGGGCUUUGCUCAAGAGUCCACACAGAGAAGCCGGUGUGUGGGGAGAAGCCUGGAUGGACUUGCGGUUCCAGAGCCUUCCGUCACCUCAGGAAGAACGGCUCUUUCAGCUUUUGAGACUGAAUCUCAGAGCUUCCAUCUCCCCCACCUGCCAAGCCCAGUGUGACUAUGGUCUUUAAGAAUGAGGGGAGAAGGCUCCAAGCUACUAAGGCCCAGAAAAACUUUUGUGCCUCUCCCCCAGCCUAUGUCCCCCAGACAUAACAUUGUGUGGAAAAGAAGGAAAGCUAUUCCCCACCUUUUUUUCCCCCCACAGUUUUCUUCCCCCAGAUUUGUUACUAAGCUAUCCAUAAUGACAUGUCUAAGUCAGUUCAUUCCCUGAAAACCGGGUGCCAGAGUGCUGAGGGCCUACUUAGUGGUGGGGUGCAGGCUUGGGUACAAGGCCCCAAGUUUUGCCUACCAGCAUCAAAGAGAAAAAGGAAAUUAAAUUACCAGGUAACCCCAGAUGUAGACUGGGUACUAUCCCUGGUCAGUACUGA